GUCAUGGAGCUCUGGCUACCUUCAAUUACUACUCAGCUUACCUUAAACCUCCUCAUAAACACAACAGGGAUGACUGUAGUAUACGGUUUCACAAUGACCUCUGUUUAAAAAACAGUGUUGGUUGUGUUUAUUUACUCAUAGGAAAAAGUGUUCUCUCAUGUGAAAGAGUAUAGCAGCUCCAAAGAAAAUCCAUUUUGUCACGCUAGAGAGCCUGUUGUUCGGUAGAGACUGUCUCUGGAUGGAGUCUCUGGAUGAAGUGAGGAAGGGCAGCGUAGGAGCACAGACACAGUACAGUACACAUCUGAUGUGCAGGUGGUUGGAGUCCUGUCCCUGUAAGGAGAUAUACAGCACACUCACUGUUACGUCAGUUACAUUUCCGCAGCAAGUGUAUGGUAUCGUUAGAGAAACGUCUGAGGUCGAUUUGGUCAAUUCAGGACUUUUCUGGUAAUGCAAAUUUAACUUGUGAGCUAUAGGUUGUUUUACGGUCUGGGCUAUGGAGGUUGUCCUACUGUCUGGGCUAUGGAGGUUGUCCUACUGUCUGGGCUAUGGAGGUUGUCCUACUGUCUGGGCUAUGGAGGUUGUCCUACUGUCUGGGCUAUGGAGGUUGUCCUACUGUCUGGGCUAUGGAGGUUGUCCUACUGUCUGGGCUAUGGAGGUUGUCCUACUGUCUGGGCUAUGGAGGUUGUCCUACUGUCUGGGCUAUGGAGGUUGUUUUACUGUCUGGGCUUUGGAGGUUGUUUUACUGUCUGGGCUAUGGAGGUUGUUUUACUGUCUGGGCUAUGGAGGUUGUCCUACUGUCUGGGCUAUGGAGGUUGUCCUACUGUCUGGGCUAUGGAGGUUGUCCUACUGUCUGGGCUAUGGAGGUUGUCCUACUGUCUGGGCUAUGGAGGUUGUUUUACUGUCUGGGCUAUGGAGGUUGUUUUACUGUCUGGGCUAUGGAGGUUGUCCUACUGUCUGGGCUAUGGAGGUUGUUUUACUGUCUGGGCUAUGGAGGUUGUUUUACUGUCUGGGCUAUGGAGGUUGUCCUACUGUCUGGGCUAUGGAGGUUGUCCUACUGUCUGGGCUAUGGAGGUUGUCCUACUGUCUGGGCUAUGGAGGUUGUCCUACUGUCUGGGCUAUGGAGGUUGUCCUACUGUCUGGGCUAUGGAGGUUGUCCUACUGUCUGGGCUAUGGAGGUUGUCCUACUGUCUGGGCUAUGGAGGUUGUCCUACUGUCUGGGCUAUGGAGGUUGUCCUACUGUCUGGGCUAUGGAGGUUGUCCUACUGUCUGGGCUAUGGAGGUUGUCCUACUGUCUGGGCUAUGGAGGUUGUCCUACUGUCUGGGCUAUGGAGGUUGUUUUACUGUCUGGGCUAUGGAGGUUGUCCUACUGUCUGGGCUAUGGAGGUUGUCCUACUGUCUGGGCUAUGGAGGUUGUCCUACUGUCUGAGCUAUGGAAGUUGUUUUACUGUCUGGGCUAUGGAGGUUGUCCUACUGUCUGGGCUAUGGAGGUUGUUUUACUGUCUGGGCUAUGGAGGUUGUCCUACUGUCUGGGCUAUGGAGGUUGUCCUACUGUCUGGGCUAUGGAGGUUGUCCUACUGUCUGGGCUAUGGAGGUUGUCCUACUGUCUGGGCUAUGGAGGUUGUCCUACUGUCUGGGCUAUGGAGGUUGUCCUACUGUCUGGGCUAUGGAGGUUGUCCUACUGUCUGGGCUAUGGAGGUUGUCCUACUGUCUGGGCUAUGGAGGUUGUCCUACUGUCUGGGCUAUGGAGGUUGUCCUACUGUCUGGGCUAUGGAGGUUGUCCUACUGUCUGGGCUAUGGAGGUUGUCCUACUGUCUGGGCUAUGGAGGUUGUCCUACUGUCUGGGCUAUGGAGGUUGUCCUACUGUCUGGGCUAUGGAGGUAGUCACAUUUUGUGACAUUUUGACGUUCUGAAGGUUUUUUCCCGACUAAGACCUCUGCAAAAACGUCAACAUCUAUUACAGAUUUCUUGAUUUAUCUUAGAUUAAUUCUGACUAUUUUGAAGCAGUGUUACUGGCUAUGUUGUUGCUAUGGUGUCUCAAGAGGGUCAUACAGUAAUAUUGCAGUAAGAACCUAGUCUGCAGGCACCUUAACCCUCUCCUCUACUCAUCUCCCUCUCUCCUUUCUCCCCUGUCCUCUCCC